UCUGGCUGUAUUUUGUCUUUGUGUGUGUGUACUUGUCAUGUUAUUGCAAGGCACCAGCGCAGCGUCGAGGAGAGCUCUGUACGUCAUUUAAAUGCGGGAUGAUUUUCGCUUCUCUUUCGGUCCCGUUGGAUUUCUGAUGUGUCGUCGCUUGCAGCUGCACGGUGCGGACUAGAGCUCCGGGAGCUUCUGCAGCAGUAAGGUCAGGAGAGGGAGAUUGAGUCAGCGGAGGCUGAGCCGGAGCGACCCCGUCCGAGCACCGGGACCCCACCCGGCCGCUUCCCAGCUGUCAACCAGAAAUAACACAGCAGGAGAUGAGAGAAUCAUCUGAUGAAGAGUGAAUGAAAGCAGGAUGGAAGAAAAGAGAAACUCACGGGAGUACCACACAAAGGAGGACAAAACCAAAUCCACCUGAGGAGAGCGAAAGGAAUAAAGGCAAAGUUAAAGGAGGAGGAGACAGACUAAGGGUUAUAUAUAGAAAAAGUAAGAAGAAGGACGCACAAACAGAGGAAAGACUGGUUAAGGACGGGUUAAGGGAACAUCUGGAAACAUCUGGAUGGUGUCCACAGCGGUAGUCAUCAGGUUACCACCUCUCCAAAGAUGGCCACCAACUUCAACGACAUCGUCAAGCAGGGCUACGUACGCAUGCGCAGCCGCAAGCUGGGGAUCUAUCGCCGUUGUUGGUUGGUGUUCAAGAAGUCAUCUAGUAAAGGACCUCGUCGUCUGGAGAAAUACCCUGAUGAGAAGGCUGCUUUCAUUAGAGCAAGUCCUAAAGUGAUAGAGAUUAGCAAUGUCAAGAAUAUCACACGGUUGCCUCGGGACACCAAACGACAGGCAGUGGCCAUUGUGUUUACAGAUGACACCUCACGCACCUUCACUUGUGAAUCAGAACUGGAGGCAGAGGACUGGUUCAAGACCCUGUCGAUCGAGUGUCUGGGUCUGCGGCUCAACGAUAUCAGUAUGGGAGAGCCUGACCUCCUGGCUGCAGGAGUGCAGUGUGAACACACAGAGCGAUUCAACGUGUUUCUCCUCCCCUGUCCAAACCUAGACAUCUAUGGGGAGUGCAUGAUGCAGAUCACUCAUGAGAACAUUUACCUGUGGGACAUCCACAACCCUCGCACCAAGCUGGUUACCUGGCCUCUCUCCUCACUGCGCCGCUAUGGCCGUGACGCCACCCGCUUCACCUUUGAAGCUGGACGGAUGUGUGACAGUGGUGAAGGCCUCUACACCUUCCAGACCAGAGAGGGGGAGCAGAUCUACCAGCGGGUUCACUGCUCUACCCUGGCCAUCGCCGAGCAGCACAAGAAGGUCGUACUGGAGAUGGAGAAAAACAGCAGGUUGCUGUCCAAGGGUUCAGAUAGUGGGUCUUACCCCUGCACCCCUACUGCCAUUCUACCCCGGUCUGCGUACUGGCACCACAUCACUGGAAACCAGACCAGUAUGGAUCCAGGCAGCGGUGGCGCUGCAGAAGACGAGCAGUUGUCCACGCGCCUGCCCCCUGACCGCCAUGCUACGCUACCCCUGACAAAAACACAUGCACAUUCCCAUCCACACAUACACACACUCCCCAACACACUACCCCACGUACCCUGACAGUGACACGCACACACACACAUGCACACAAAAACUUUGACUGUGAAGAGGAGGCAUGAACAUGCACGUGUGCAGGCAAGAAAGACUAAGACUAAAGACACACACUCUCCCUCCUCAUGUUAGUUUAACAGCCCAGCAACUCUUUGGACAUCCUGCAGGUACAGCUGACAGACCAACAGGCCACAGACUCGAUACCAGAUCCUGCACAAGUUUGCAAGAAGAUUGUUCUGCCUCUCAUAACCGCAGUUCGCAACGUAGACGGGGGAGUAUGUGAUGUUUGUCCACACUAAGGCUGACAACUGCUGGCUGGAAGAUAUGUAUUUAUUGCCUGCUGUUUAAAAUGAGGACUAAAAGCUUUUAGUUUGCUUUAAACCACCAGGCUUGUCUUGAAUAUGAAGUGAAACCCUCAAUUAUCGCAGGAACUGUUUUGUACUGUUUUUUAAAAUUAUUAUUUGCACAUUAAAUUAUUGGUCAUCUGAGUUACAUCUGACUUGCAUGUUACAACCUUAUCAAAUGACAAAAUUCAGCAGUGCACCUGGUCGAAAGACACUCGCACAGUUCAUUAUUAGUUGUCCUCACCACACCCAUGGCUGUGUUCCAUCACAUGUCUUCUGUUUUAUUUAAUGCACUGUGAAAUCUACCUGAGCAUCCAUAUUUAUUAUUGUUAAGAUGGAUUACAGCUGGAGAAAGACGUGAAAACUGGCUGUCCUUUGUAUUGAAUGAACCAAUAUGGAAUGUCAUUUUUAAAUUUAGACCACUUAUUAUUAUUAUUGUUGAUGUUUUAUUCCAUGGGAAAACAAAAAGAAACCAUGUCAUUUUUAAAGAAACAGCUUUGUAAAACAUGGACAUUUGCAAUGUCUUUGAAAGAAACGAUACACAGUGAAUGUCUUCAGAGAGAAACUAAGUCAUAUAAAAUAUCACUCUUCCAACCAAGGUUUGGUAGUUUUUAUGGUCAUAUUUCUAUAGAUUUUUAUAUGAUGUGUGUAGUAGGACUAGCAUGGUUGGAUAUGAUGGAAGAUUGUGGGAACACACAAACCACCUUGUAUCUAGAUUGUCUGAUUUAGCAUGACUGAUGAUGGAAUCCUUCUAUAACUCCAAGGAUUUUGCUACCCCCUUGAAAGACUCUUGCACACGUUGCGUUGCUAUUUAUUUCAUGUGAUAUGUGUGUGUAUGUGUGUGUGUGAGAGAGAGAGAGAGUGCGCAUGAGAGAAAGAGUGUGACAUGAGGUACAUAAUUGGAACUUGUCUUCACAUAAAUGCAGGCACAGCACAUUUUUGCCAUUUUUAAAGUUGAACUAGCAGAUGGUAACUGCUCCACACUUUGUCAGCACUGAUGUUCACACAUAAAUCUGCACCUUAGUAAGCGACUAAACCACAUUUACCGUCCUGUCUUUGCACCGGCCACAAAACAGCACUCUGUUCACGCGUGGGCCAUGCUACUGUUAAAGAAGCUGGAGUAGAAGGAGUGGUUCACAGGGACGUUUCAUAACGAAGGCACAGACGAACUUUGCUUAUUGUGAAUAUUUUGUGUAAAUGAACUCACCAAACUGAGCCAAGAUUCAGCUGUUUCAUAAAGCUACCUCAGGAUGUCAGACCAGUCUGGACAACUGUUAAAGUCAAUAUGCUCAUCAUGACAAUGUUAACAUGUGGACAUUUAGAUUUUUUUUUUUUUUUAUCAUAUUAAUUAAACAUGUUAGCAUGCUAGAUAACCUACAUCUCAAAUUUAAUUGUCACUAAACACAAAGUUCACCUUAGGCUGAGAGGAAUGUCAUCUGUUUUGCUGGCAAUCGAUUAUAAACCAAACUAUUGGAUGUACUGACAUGUUGACCUGAUGAUGGUGCUGCCUGAAAUGAAUAACAAUUUGAAUAUGAAUUGUCUGUUAGCCACAAAUGCCAACUGAGUUAGGGGGAACUUUCAUUUGGAAACUGUGGGUGGCUGUAAAUUCUGUGCCAAUUCAUCCAUUAAAUUUUGGACAGUUUCACUGGUGAUCACUAUGUGAAUAAUGGUCUGCACAAGAUCACUGGGGUCCAUCUCCUGGUAUGUAACAACAUUUCCUGGAAAUAAACCAAUUCUAGGAAUGUAUUACUGAGGAAUGUCUGGCUUUACUGGUCAUAGUGAUGUAUGAAACACUCCUUACAUAAGUGACGCCUCCUCUACAGGCUAACUGGAUGAGUGAUGGAAGAAGUGGGAAAGCAGGAUGGGAAAUCCCCCCACUCCCGACAUGGCACCAGACUAUUGUAGUGUGUGUAUUGUUGUCAUAGUAACAUUGUGCUCUCUCAGCAUCUCUCUAUGGCUUUGUAACACAUGGACAAAAUGUUGUUUUCACCCACUUUCUACAUGCAUGAGAAAAAUAAAAUCCAUUAAUUACCUUA